AAUGACAUGUGCAUGUAAUAUGUUUAAGCUUUGACUUGUUUUGACAACAUAUUUAUAAUUAUUCUCCAUCUUCAGAUGCCAUAGAUUGUUCCAAGUGUCCAUGGGAUAUGUGGCCGAAUACAGAAAAAGAUCAAUGUAUUCCAAAACCCAUUGAGUAUCUUUCAUACGGUGAGCCAUUGGGAAUAACUUUGAUGGCUACAAGCCUUUCCUCUUCCAUGAUCCCAAUUUCCAUUUUUAAACUUUUCCUUCGUUACAAGACCACACCAAUUGUCAGAGCCAAUAAUUACUCUGUGAGUUGUAUUCUGUUAUUGUCGCUUUCUCUCUGUUUUCUCUGUUCUUUGACUUUCAUUGGUUAUCCUGAGCCUGAGAAGUGCCUUCUGCGGCAGGCUGCCUUCGGUAUGGCCUUUGCUCUCUGUGUCUCCUGUAUCUUGGCCAAAACUAUAAUGGUAGUGUGUGCCUUUAUGGCCACCAAACCAGGAAGCAACCUGAAGAGAUGGACCAGUCCUUAUGUGUCUUAUAUGGUCAUUGUCACCGGUUCUCUUCUACAGUUUCUUAUAUGCAGUAGUUGGGUGGUGGCUGCUCCACCGUUCCCUCAAAAUAACACAGAAACACAACCUGAAAUCAUUGUUGUUGAAUGCCAUGAGAACUCACCCACUGCCUUUUGGAGCAUGCUGGGAUAUCUUGGCCUCUUGGCCUCCAUUAGUUUUGUUGUUGCAUUCUUGGCCAGAAGACUACCCGAUAACUUCAACGAGGCCAAGUUUAUCACCUUCAGCAUGUUAGCCUUCUUAAGUGUUUGGAUUUCCUACACCCCGGCCUCUCUCAGCUCGAAAGGAAAGUAUACUGUAGCCAUGGAAAUCUUUGCAAUCCAGUCAUCAAGCUGGGCUCUCGUGGUCUGUAUGUUUUUUCCUAAAUGUUUCAUCAUCCUGUUUCGACCACAGAUGAACUCCAAAGAACAUCUCAUGGGGAAAGACAGAGGCCAGAAAUAGAAUGUUGAUAACAGUUCAUGAAAUCAAUGGUUUACCUAAAACUAAAAUAUAUCAAAUGAUCACUCUCUCUGGACAUUUGUACAAUUUUGUAGCUUCCGGUGAAAUGUAAAAAAUUCAAUUUUCUAUACAGUAUUGCAUGGCUGUAUUAUUGGGCAUUGUUUGGUUCAUGAAUUGUGUUUCUGUGUGUUUUAUUCACAUAGUAUUUAACAUUUUAUGUUUACAAUACAUUUUAAUAUCAACAAGACUACAGCUUGGAUGAUUUUUACACUCUGCUUUACACAAUUAGAUAAUAGAAGUUGUACAGUG